UGCAGGGCAUUGGCACCAAUGCUACGGCAUCUCGCCAGCCAGCUUAGGAUUGGCUCACCUGAUUCCCUUGAAUAUUCCUUUCUAACCUCCCUGACUACUCUGAGGGGAUCGUUGGAGUCCUGGAUGUCAUCCUUCUCCUCUUCCUCUUGUUGAUCUGUUUGUCCCUGGCCUAGAAACAGAACUUUCCUAAGAGCAUUCUUAAACUCAUUGGAACCAUCCUCUUUCUUGGCAGCCAACCUCACAGCGCUCUUCUCAUCAGAGUACUGGGAUGUGAGCAUGUUUGCCAAAUCUCGGUGACAAUAUGUCUCCUCUUCCUCCUCUUGUUCACCAGAGGUCCCCUCUUGUACGUCCUCUUUUGAAUCACACUUUGUUGAAUGCUGUCUUAGCUUUCGCCUUAGCAGGCACCAAAAGGGCCUGAACUGCAACAGACUUUGAUGAGUCUAUUGGUGGGUUUGAAUUAUUGAGGGUCUGGCCUGAGGCCUGUCAGUUCAGAUCUGCCUUAGAGAUGGAAGGGUCUUGUUGUCUGCUGUCUGGGGAUUCGAACUGGCUGAGUUAGUGUUAUUAGUUGAAGGAACAUCCUGGUUUUGAGUAGUCACCUGUGUUCCUGGGAAUCCUGCCAUGUUAUCAUUCCCACUUAGAACAUUGGCAGCUUUCCCAGAAUCUGGAGAGGGGAGGGUAUUGGUAGCUGUUCCUUGCUGUGCCCAAGUUAUCUUUGUUUUGGUUUCACUGGUACAUUGUUUGUGCAACACUGUCCCUUUCUCUUUCUUUUUAGCUUUCACAGGCACUGCAUUUGAAUUUUUCACACAGAAUGUUAAAAGUAUAAUAAAAUCAGAAAUUACAAGACCUAGGAUCACACAAACCAGAAAUACUACAGUCUGACAUGAACAAAAUCCUGAACAAGGGUCCGGCAUCUCAGUUUUGGGAUGAAUAAUUCUCAUUAGUGCAGUAAAUAAAGCAAAAGAAAUACUUUGAUUGCCUGUAAUAUUACUUGUAAAUACCCCUGUAAUGUUACUGGUAAAACUUUCAGUGACAUUAAAACCAGCAUACCCAAGGAUGAAAUCCCCCCAGCUCUAUAAGACAGAUGUGUGUUUAGGUUUGACCUUCUUAAAAAGUGCAUUAGGCAAGAAAUAACCAAUUUGGGCUUUUGUCCAAUUAUACACAAGAAAACAGAAUAUAUGGCACACAGUAGACCAGCUAAAUAAAAUAGCUGCUUCGUUAGCUUCAUUCUGAUUCCCAGAGUUAAUUAAUAAUCACUCAAAAUGAAUUUGCCCCACGUUGGGCACCAAAUAAAAAGAUGUGAUGGUUUGGAUGUUCCCUGACCCCCCCACUUUAUAAAUCACCCAAACUAGACUCAGCUGGCUCUGGAAAUAUGAAUGAAGCUGUUUAUUUACAGCAGCACAAUAUACAAGCAGAUAUUUACAGUAUAUACAGUUGUAGACAGAAAUAUACAAGGUAAAAGGUAAUACAGAAACACAACUGCCCUCUCAGAAACCUGAGUUCCCAUGAGGGGCUCUCAACCACCCCUCCACCUUCCCCCUGCCCCUCUCAAUCUUACCCCAGUCCCAAGGAAGAAUAGAGGUUCGGCCAGAGGUUAAGAAAGCAAAGUGAGUUAGCCCAAAUGAAGGGUGAGGUUAGGGAGUAAGAUGUUGCUCAUCCAUCAGCCCGAGUGAGAGAAAAAAAUGGCAAGGGUGAUAUCUAAUGUUUUCAUUUCUUGUUCCCAUACUCCUUAGCAAGACUGUGAGUGAAGUAGACAUCACCACUGUUUUCCUUUCACAGCCUAUGAUCUAGUUCUUCUCACCAAAACAUUCUAGCUAGCUUUAAACUAGCACAGUCCUCAGGGCUUCUCUGCCCACCUGUUGAGGAGUGGUCAAUAGAGAGCUGUCCCUGAACUGGCCCCUGCAGGCAGGAGUUGUGUGCAGGGCAGAGCUGAGCAGAGAGUGAGUGGGGUGGGGUCUGUGAGCAGGGCCAGGGAGGAGAUGUUGGGCCAGAGGUGCUAGGAAAUGCAGCUGCAGUCAUCAGAGCCCUGGGCAGGCAGUGGGAGGAGGCUGCAGACAAGGCCUGGUAGAGGCUGUCUGGAGGCAACUGUCAUGUGGUGCUGCCCUGCAGCUGUGUUCUGGGGAUUGCGUGCUGGGCCAGGAGCUGAGUCUGCGCUUGUUCAGCUCUCCUCUGUUCAGCAGCCCUGCCUAUCUGCUGUGCCCAUGGUGCUGGGCUUGGGAGCUGCUUGCUCCAAGCCCAUCUCUGCUGCAUGGUCCUGGGCAGUGCUGACCCACGCCUUGCAGGUAAGCGCAGUGACCUCGUCCCCCACUAGCAUGGCCUCACAGAAGGAUCCAGACAAGCAGCACCCAGGGAGUAAGAUGGCGCAGGCCAAAUGCAGCCUGAAGAAAGAGGAGAAAGAUUUAGAGGAUGACAACAAUGAGGGGCAUGAUGACUGUGAUGAUGUUGAGUAUGAGGAGGAUGAUGAGGGUGAAGAUGACCAAGGUGAGGAGGAGGAAGCCCCCUCUGUGCCAGUCAAACAGCUGACCCAGUGCCCUGACUGUGGCAAGAGCAUCACACGGCCUUACAGCCUCAUUGCCCACCGCCGAAUCCACACUGGUGAGAGGCCCUUCAGCUGUCGUGACUGUGGGAAGAGAUUCACACAGCGCUCAAACCUCAUUAGACACCACAAAACCCACACUGGAAAGAGGCCUUUCAGCUGUGCUGAUUGUGACAAGUGCUUCACACGGCGCUCACACCUCGUUGCCCACCGCCGAAGCCACACUGGUGAGAGGCCCUUCAGCUGUGUUGACUGUGGCAAGAGAUUCACACAGCGCUACCAUCUUACUGUCCACUCUCGAACUCACACUGGCAGGAAACCCUUCAGCUGUUCUGACUGUGGCAAGACAUUUGCACAACGCUCAAACCUCAUUAAACACCACCAAACCCACACUGUUGAGAAGCCUUUCAGCUGUGCUGACUGUGGUGAGAGCUUCACAGUGCACUCAGACCUCAUUAACCACCACCAAAUCCACACCAGAGAGAGGCCUUUCAGCUGUGCUGAAUGCAGCAAGAGUUUCGCUCGCAAGUCUGCCCUCACUCGGCACCGCAGUGUGCACACCACUGAGAAGUCCUUCAGCUGCAGGGACUGCGGCAGGAGUUUCAAAACCAGCCUUGGAAUCACCCUCCACCGCCGCACUCACACCAGAGAGCACCUGUACCCCUGUGCAGAGUGCGGCAAGAGCUUCACCACCAGCUCAUAUUUCAUCCAGCACAGACUCAUCCACAGCGGUGAGAAACCCUACAGCUGCAGGGACUGCGGCAAGAGCUUCACCUGCAGCUCCUCUCUCACCUGGCACUGUCGUCUCCACGGUGGUGAGAAGCCUUUCACCUGCUCCGACUGUGGCAAGAGCUUCAUCCGAAGCAGCUAUCUCAUUUCCCACCACUGCACCCACACUGGGGACCAAGCCACACAGAAGGGGAAGCACAAAUAGCCCCAUCCUGAGUCUGUGGGGGUGAUCGUGCCCCCACCCUGAGAAAGCCUUUCCAGCAGAUUGAACCAAAAUCUCCUCUUUUCCAGCUGCAUUUCUCAGAGCCUGGGGGCUCCAGCAGGAACAAACACCUCCUGCCCUGCUGAGCACCAAUCAGUGCUGCUGAGCAUCAUUACAGUGCUGAGUCAGCACAGCCAGAGCUGCCGUUGGAGCUGGGCUGAGCUGUGCAGGGAUUUGUCUGGUUCUUCCCCCCUAUGCUUUGUGUGUCCCUGGGGUAAAAGCCCCUCUGCCCUGUGCCCAGGUGUGUCAAUAAAAGCCCACAGUGACCCAAA